AAAGUGUAUUUAUAUACUAAUUUAGAUGCCGUUGUAUAGGAAUAGUGAAUAAUUUUAGUCAGGACCCUAUAUUCAAUUUUAUUCUUGUUAAAAUAAUAUAGUCGAAUUAUAGUAACGUUGAUAAAUAAACGUGUAACAUAAUGUUAUACUCUACUAAUAUCAUGCAGUAUUUGCCGAACGUUUGUUUAGCUACAGUCAUUUUCGUCCAAUAUAUUUUGCUGUACGGUUUAUAUGAAUAUAUACGUGAAGUUGAUCAUAAAUGUUCAAUAAAAUCGUUAACAAUUCCUCGAUUACGCAGAGAAGUUAAUACUGCUGAAAAUUCUGUUUCGUCUUCUAUCUCAAUUAAUGGGUUCAAAAAUGAAGAAGAUAGUGAAAACGUAGAAUUUAUCAAUCCAAAUUUACGACCAAUAGUAGAAAAAGAGACUAAAGAUAAAAAAUCUGAUGCAACGUUCAAUGGAACAAGAGAAGAAUGGUAUUGGUUGAACGCUUAUUCUAGAAUACCCGUAGCCGCUUUGCAAGGUUUUUGCGCUUCAACAAGAGAUUAUUGUCCGCCGGGCAAAGAAGGUCCUAUAGGUCCACGUGGAGAACCCGGUCCAAAGGGUGCACCUGGGUCUAAAGGAGAUCAAGGCGAAAGGGGACCGAUUGGUGUUGAAGGACCGCGAGGUCCAACAGGAUUAACAGGGCCGAUUGGCCCAAAAGGUCAAAAAGGAGACACUGGUAAACCAGGAAAUUCGGGGUUGGAUGGUCGUGACGGUAUACCUGGAGAACCUGGAUUGGAUGGAGUACCCGGAAAAAAUGGUCUUGAUGGUAUAGCCGGUAAAGACGGAUCACCGGGUUUGGAUGCUACUUGCUUUAAUGGUACAGAUGGGAAACCGGGAGACAUUGGACCUAUAGGCCCCCCUGGUCCUAUUGGCCCUAAAGGAUUAACUGGUCCAAAAGGUCGACCAGGAAGACCAGGCAUCGAUGGGUUACCCGGAAAACCAGGUCUUAGCGCUUAUAAUUAUUCUUUAAAUGGCGUACCUACUUCUGAAUUUUUGGUAGCACCAACUAUAGUUGGACAGUCAGACUUAAAAAAUAUAACAGUAAAUGAAGGUGAUAAUCUAAGACUACGUUGUGUAGUUACUGGAAAACCUACACCAAUAGUUAAAUGGCACAAACUUGAUACUUCAACAAUACCAAUGGGUUCAUGGAAAGAGGAAUCUGUUUCUGGUCAUUCAAUUAAUAUAACCAAAAUUAAUAGACUUCAUAUGGGACGAUAUAAAUGUGUUGCUGAAAAUGGAAUUGGCCCAGCUGCAAUUCAAAAUUUCCUAAUAGAAACUCAUUUUCCGCCAUUAAUAUCAAUAACAAAUCAACAUAUAGCAUCUGCACUUUAUCGUACUACAUUUUUUGAAUGUGAAGUAGAAGCAUUUCCAUACGCUAUUCACUAUUGGGAACGUAAUGGUGAAAUACUUGAAAAUAACGAAAACUAUGCUAUUAGUCGAAUUGAUGUACCCAAUUACAGUUAUAAAUUUAAAAUGCAAUUAAAUAUAACAUCUGUAAAUAUCAAUGACAAUGGUACAUACUACUGCGUGAGCAAGAAUGAGGAAGGUGUCACGGCAGGAAACAUAACAUUAUAUAUAAUUGAUCCAACAUUAGUGACACCACCCCCUUACAUUGAUCCAAACAACAAGGUAAAGUUUGGGAAAAUUCCUCCUGAUCUAAUAGGAGUGGAUGAUAUUUGUCCACCUAUAACAAUUUGCCCGACUUGUCAAAAAACAAAAGAAACUAAAGAAUGUAGAGAAGAGUUAACCGUGGAUGAUUUGUUAGGUCAUCAACCAUUAGCUAUAUAUCAACUUUUAAUAAAAUCUGUAAAAGGUCUUGCAAAUCGAACUUUAGAUUGUCAAGUAUAUCAAGUUGGAAAACCAGUUUAUAAUAGAUAUUCAAAUGCUACAUAUGGAAGUUGGAUGAAAGAUCCCUCUCCCAAAACUUCUAAUGACACAAUUUGGAUGACUGUAGAAGAUCAAAAAAGGACACUCAUAGAGUUUUCCAAUAAAUCAGCUUUUAAAACGAACUUAAAAACAAAGCAAUACGAUUUAAAUGCAGAAUUUCACGGUAACGGUCACGUCAUUUACCGUGGUUCUUUUUAUUUUCACGAGAAAAAUACUCCAACAAUUCGAAAAUAUGAUCUUCGCGAAGAAAAUCUUUCCGGAUCUUCAUUAAAGUUACCUUAUCUGAACGCUACAAAUCCAAAAAAUCUAUUAUACACAUCCAAAAUUAACUACGUAGAUAUGGCAGUAGAUGAAAAUGGCCUGUGGGCUAUUUAUGGUUUGGAAGAUUCAAAUAAUACAGCAGUCAUACAUUUUAAUCCAGAUGAUAUGUCCAUCCGGUAUGGUUGGAAUAUAAGCUUAAAACAUGAACGGGCGGGAGAUAUGUUCAUUGUAUGUGGUGUACUUUAUGCGGUACAUAGUGUUACUGAAAGAAACACAACUAUAAGGUUUGCAUUGGAUUUAUACAAAAAUAUUCGUUUAAAUGAUGUCGAUCUAUCUUUCACUAACCCAUUUGCUCAUACAUUAUUGGUACAGUAUAACUCAUUGAGUAAAGAGUUAUUCACUUGGGAUCAGGGUAAUUUAUUGACAUACCCAAUUAGAUACAAUGAUAUGGGCAGCAACAAUACAAAUAGUGAUCCAAAUAUAGAAAUGAGUUUUGUGACUGGCAUAGACUUCUUUAUUUAAUAUUUAAGAGAUUUUUAUAAAAUUAAGACAAAUGUUUUAUAACCACUUAAUAAUUAAAUGUACGUUUUUUGAGAAAUAAAAUAUAUUGUACUCUAUGGUAUUUGAAAAAAGCAAACAUAAAUAAAUAAUAUAUAACAAACUACAU